GAAUCAUUGGUCAAGCUAGCAGACGAAAAGUUGAGAAAUCUCUUAUCGGGACAACAUAGUCAUUGCUAUGUGGAGACUUGUGUACAGAUGCAGUUCACAUUUUUCAGCAACCUCCAGAGUAUCAUUGACUCCUACACAAGUGAAACGGGUCAAAAGAAUAUCUUAUUUGACUACUUUCAGUAGCAAAGGACAUGUUUCUAUGAACUCAAGAACUAUUAAAGUAAGAAACUGUAGUCAAUUCACAACCAACCUGAAUCUAAACAUGGGAUCCAAAGAAACAAGCAGCAAAUCAAGUGAUGUUACAGAUAUUCAGAGAAUUCAUGUAAACAAAAUUUUCAAAAGAUCUACGGAUGCAGUUAUGCCCAGGAAAAUGAUAGAGAGAGUUUUAGAAUUGUCUGAGGAUGGUGAAACUCUUACUGUGGAAGGCAGGAAGUAUGCAUUGGAUAAGAAUGUGAUUGUGGUUGGAUUUGGAAAAGCAGUGAUGGGAAUGGCCAGAUCUGUUGAUGACUUGUUAGGACAGCACAUCAUCAAAGGUGCCAUCAGUGUACCAUAUGGAUGUUGUGAGCUCCUAAGUUGUGCUGGAAAAUGUGACCAGUUGUUGGCCCCUGACAGUAAAAUCACUGUAUAUGAGGGUGCAAAGAACAACCUACCAGACAAGGAGUCGCACCAAGCUGCAGAAGCUAUAUGGGACCUUGUGAAGAAUUCAAAUAAGAAUAAUCUUCUCCUGGUUUUAGUAUCAGGUGGAGGUUCGGCACUGUUGCCCCUUCCACAACCGCCCAUCACUUUGGAAGAGAGUGCUGAGCUAACCAACAUUUUGUCCACCCAUGGGGCUACCAUCAAUGACCUUAACAUUGUUCGUAAACAAACAGAGGUUCUGAAAGGUGGAGGGCUGGCAAGAGAUGCCAAGCCUUGCAAGGUAAUAUGUCUGAUUAUAUCAGAUGUCAUUGGGGAUAAGAUAGAUAUCAUCAGUAGUGGGCCCACUGUUCCUGAUCCAAGCUCUCCUCAUCUCUGCCUCGAUAUCUUUAGACGUCUUGGUGUAAGUAAACUCAUCCCAAAGUCUGUAAAUGAUACACUGAUGAAAAAAAUGAGUGAAGAAAGAUAUACAAUGAAUUCGAGGAACACUGGAACUUCAACAAGUGAGAACAAUCUACAGGAGUAUUCUCAUGUGCAAAAUGUAAUAGUGGGUAGUAAUGUCAUCGCUACAGAGACUGCCCUCAGAACUGCCAACAGUAUUGAUUAUAUUUCAGCUAUUCUCAGUAGUAAACUGGAUGGAGAGGCAAGAUUUGUUGGUACAGUUUUCGCAAAAUUGGCAAAAUAUAUGAUUUUGUGCUUUGGUUAUCUACCAUCUGAUGCUGGUUCACCAGACCUGGUAGCAGCAGAAUUAGAAAUUUGUAAGUAUUUACCUAAAAAUGUUUUGAAACAGAUGGCUACCAUAAGUGAUGAAGCACACAAUGUUGGAAAAGGUGUAUGCAUAAUAACAGGAGGAGAAACUGUUGUAAACGUUACAGGAAACGGUAGAGGUGGCCGCAAUCAAGAGAUGGCUGUAGCAUGUGCUAUGGAACUUGAUAAUAUCAUGCCUGCUAAAUUGACCAAUGCUUACCAAGUGACAUUUCUUAGCUGUGGUACUGAUGGUCAGGAUGGACCUACGCCAGCUGCAGGGGCUGUAGUUGACAUACAGUUUGUGCAACAAUGUCGAGAAUCCGGGUAUAAUGUAGCGAAGUAUCUUGAUGAUAAUGACACUUUUAGCCUGUUAGAGGCAGUGAACGGUGGUAAGAAUCUAGUGAUGACAGGGAUAACAGGCACUAAUGUAAUGGAUAUACAACUACUGCUUAUUAACCCUGUUUCACAUGGAUGACACCUUCAAAAGUACAUGUGAUUAAGAACUGAAUAGAUUGAUUUUUAUAUCACGUUGUCCACGGCACCACUGAUUAUAUUAUUGUUCCAUGUGAUGCACUGUAUACACCAACUAUUGAUAUUUGUAGACAGAGUCUGUAGCUGAACUCCUAAAUAUAUAUAGAACACAUAUAAGAGACUAAUGAAAGAUGAAAUCCUAUGUCAGCUGGUUUGUUUGCUUGUUCAUUUACAAGUUUUGUCUCAUAUAUUCACAGCUGCACAUCUUUCAAGAAUGGUUUCAAGAUUGGACUUUCCCCUUUGAUAGACACCUUAAGUCAGUUAUGGUGAUCCUUGUUUGACUGUUAGUUCUGAUUAGAUAUGUUCAAGUACUGCAUGUCUACAGUAUAUAGAUAUCAUAUCAUAUACAUGGAAUUUUUUACAGAGAAAUAAUCAGGAAAUCUAAAUACAGAGUCACAGAUAAUAUUUUACACAUACCUAGUCCUACCACGAAGUGUUUUAAAAUUGUUCUUAGUCAUUUGUAUUUCUCAGUAUUUUUUUAUUACCAUAUAUCACAUAGUAAUUUGAUUUAAUAUUAUGACUCUAAUACACAGCUACUAUAAAUCUGAACUGAAAUGAUGGUGUUGGUAAAGAAACAUGAUUAUAAGACAGUUAUACCCUCUACAAAUCCUUCAAGUGUAGUACAUAUUGAUGGGGGCACAAUUGUUAAAAUUACCAUCAAAGAGAAAUGAAAUAUGAUAUGAUUGACUAUCAACUCCAAAGAUUCAGAUCAGGGGGUCAUUUUGUUGCAUUGAUAUUUCACAUGUGUUGGUCAGCUGCUAGAUACCGUAAAUUUGCGGGUAUAGUGCACACUCGGAUAUAGUGCACAGGUACUUUUUUGGGGUCAGAUUAAAAAAAAAUCUACAGAAAGAUUGAUUUCUGGUUACCGCGAUGAAACAGUUUAUGUGGUUUGAUCCAUUGAUAAUUAGGAAACCACAAUCAUCGUGACCCUAACAUAUUUAAUUACCUUACAUAAACAAAUUCACACAGGUACCUGACUUAACAAGCAUGUUGUUUUUGACUUUUGAAAGUCGGUUUUUGCCAUUGAGUAUUGAGUACGGUAUGUAUUUGUGUUCCUUUUUAAAUGAACAUUAAUGUCUGUUUGUUAGAAUCAGAAUAAGCUUAACUGCAAAUAACUUUUAAGGCAUAUGUAUUAUGUAUAACAUAUAUAAUGGCAAUAUCAAUGCCCAGUAACGUUACAGGAGCGCAUGUGUGGACAUAAACAUAAUUAAAUCAGUAGGAUGGUUUACAGAAUUGGGUAGGAUUAUGUCUUGUUUAUUGAGAAAUAUUGGAAUGCAAU